AUGGCACAGGAUACUCAAGUGUCAUAUGACGUAGGCAGACAGAAGGAGUUGAUUGAUCGUUACGAAAAGGCCAGGAAAAACUGUGAAGAUUGUGCUGCAUCAUAUUCGAAGAAGAGUAGUGAUGUGUUGUUGUUAGCAGUGUCGAAGUUGAAACCUGCGAGUGAUAUAAAGAUUCUUUAUGACCAUGGAGUAAGGCAUUUUGGUGAAAACUAUGUCCAAGAGUUGAUUGAGAAGUCACAGAUUUUGCCAAGUGAUAUACAGUGGCACUUUAUCGGUGGAUUACAAACUAAUAAAUGUAAGGAUUUGGCAAAAGUGCCUAAUUUGAGCUUUGUAGAGACGAUAGAUUCUUUGAAGAAAGCCAAAAAGCUCAAUGAAGCCCGUCUCAAGUUCAAUCCCGAUGCAAAGCCUGUGGCCUGUAACAUCCAAAUCAAUACUUCAAGUGAAGAACAGAAGUCAGGUUUGCAAAACGAAGAGGAAAUAUUCGAAGUCGUACGCUAUUUCCUGAAUCAGGACACAAAGCACAUUACGUUGAACGGGUUGAUGACGAUCGGCUCCUGGGAUACGUCUCAUUCUAAUGACCCUAAUGAGGAGAACGCAGAUUUUAAGACAUUGGUUUCUUGGAAAAACAAAAUCGAUGCCCAGUUUGAUACAGAGUUAAAGCUUUCCAUGGGGAUGAGUUCUGACUUUCAACAGGCCAUCCACCAGGGGACCUCGGAAGUUAGAAUCGGUACUGACAUCUUCGGUGCCAGACCCGCUAGAAGUGAGGCCAAAAUAGUUUAG